CAGCACCGACAACAGCGCCGCCCGCUACAACCACCACAACAGCAGCCCCCACAACAGCACCUCCCACUACGACCAUCACAGCAACCCCUACAACAUCACCCUCCACUACAACCACAACAGCAGCCACUAUAACAACACGCCCCACAACAACCACCACAACAGCAGCAAUGACAACAGAAUCACCCACUACAACCAGUGCAACAGCAGCCCCCACAACACAGCCCCCACAACAAACAGCAGCCCCCACAACAGCACCCCCCACUACAACCACCACAACAGCAGCCCCCACAACAGCACCCUCCACUACAACCACCACAACAGCAGCCACUACAACAGCACCCCCCACUACAACCACCACAACAGCAGCCCCCACAACAGCACCCCCCACUACAACCACCACAACAGCAGCCCCCACAACAGCACCCCCCACUACAACCACAACAGCAGCCACCACAACAACACCCCCCACAACAACCACCACAACAGCAGCCCCCAC